AUGGUGUCACCAGCAAACGGAAUGAAUUAUUCUAUCGAGAAAAGGCCAGAGAGCUAUGAUAAGUACGAGUUUACGCUACCCGAGCAUUAUCGGAAGAUGGCUAAGGAAGAACUCCGUGAGGACGACGAGAUUCGGGAGCACUCGUUGGCGCAGAUGCGCGAGUGGAUCGCCAAACAUCCCUACAUCCGAAAGUGCCGUACCGAUGCAUCAUUUCUUCUACGGUUUUUGCGCUUCCGAAAGUUCUCCGUCCCGACAGCGUGCGAGGCGCUGGAGCGCUACCUGGCGAUGCGCAACACUUUUCCGGAGUGGUUCAAAAAUCUCGACUGCAACGAACCGAUUAUUAGAGAGAUUCUCGAAAAUGGUGUGUUUACGAAGCUCGGACAGAAUAAGGACGGUCGCACGGUGAUAAUGUUCUGUAUGAAAAUAAUGGAUCCGGAUAAGGUUCUGCCGAUUCACCAGGGCCGUGCAAUGGCCCUACUGAUCGAGACCAUGCUCGAAUGGGAGGAAGUGCAGAUCGGUGGAUUUCAGGCGAUGCUCGAUUUUACCGACACCGUUAUGAAGCUGUACGGUUCGUGGGGAGUGACCGAUAUGAAGAUCUUCAUGGAUGCCGUGAACCGUUCGUACCCGAUUCGAAUCCGGGAGAUAAAUGGUCUGAAGUUCCCAAAGUUCGCCGUUUCCAUCCUUAAUCUCCUGCUAACAUUUGCCAGCCCAAAACUGAAGGAAAGAAUUGUGUGUCACAAGACCACGAUGGAGUACAAGGCGAAGAUCGACCCGGAACUGCUUCCAAAGGAGUACGACGGUGAACUGGACAUGGAAGAUCUGCGACGCAAGUUCCGCGAGCAUCUAGAAGACCGGCGCAAUGUGAUAUUGGCCCUAGACGAGAUGGACAUUGACACGGCGCACUAUUCUUCCCUCUGGAACCAGUCGAACCUGGUGGAGAAUGAGGUUGAAGGCGGUGUGGCCGGUAGUUUCCGUAAGUUGAACGUGGAUUAA